AUGGUGUAUGAAAAUAAUUGGCAUGUUCUGUCUUAUGAAAAACAGUCAAGUUUUUUAUCUCACUACCUCGUUCAAAAAAUGAAGUAUUUCGCUGUUGCAGUGUGCGCGAUUGUCGGCGCGGAAGCCGCAAAGCCAAGCUUCGCCACAGGGCAGGCAUUGGGCGCUGCUCUUUCGGAAGCGAUUUCUUCGGGCGAAGGAUCGAAAAUUUCUGCUGCGCUGCUCGCCGGCCAGAGUUUUCUCAAGCGCCCCUCUACGCUCAACUUGCAUGUUGGAGAGACCGCGCAGACUAGCUCGUCCGACCGCGCUGCAACGGCGUCGGCGCUAAUGGCGCUGGAGUCAGGCGAGGCCCGUCUUUUGGAGACUCUCAGUCAAAAGAGCUCUUUCAUCCAAUCGCCCCUGAGUGAUUUACAGCGAUUGGGAGCAGAGGCCGCUGUGUUCAAAGACGCUCUCACUUACUACGGCGGACUCGUGGACGCUGGCGACCGCCGGGGCCUUGUCGGUCUUUUGCAAUUGGCCAGUUUGCCGAACGCACGCGUUCCCAUGGCGACAGUUCUCUUCAAAUGCACUCAGUUCGCGAAGAAAGAAAGCACGUCUGACGCCGAUCGUGAACUUGCUGGCUCUAUCAUCACUUACCUGACCAACAUGCCGGUGGCUUUCCAGUCCAGUGAUGCAGCGUCCGGUUCGUACGGCCAUACCAACAUCGUGCUACCAGCUCCAAGCCGCGUCUAUGGCCACUAA